AUGGAAGGCGAAGUUCGAAGAGGCGCUGAAACUGGCGCAGACAAUGCCUCUAUGGGUUAUAUGUUAACUGUAGGAGUUAUGGAAGAAGUCUUGGAAAAACUCAAAUUGCUUGACUACGAGACGGAUUUCUGUAAGCAGUGGGGAUUUAGGCCUUUGUCAAGGUGAGAUUUUGUCAAUGUACCCUAUAACGUGAAUGGUAAUCUUCGUUAGAACAAAUUAGAUAACAUCGUCUACGAUCGACAAGUUUCUUUUUUACUUACUUAAUGUGCAAAGUAAGCUCGAUCGGUGUGCAAAAGAAAGUUCUUUUACUCAGUUAUCUUAAUCAUACUGUGGUUAUCUGUUAGAUGUAAGCUUAGUGAUUUCGCUGCAAAAACGACAAAAGGACUGUUUACUUAAACCUACAUGAACAUGCAGCCUGUAUCACCAUAUAUAAAUGAUAACUAAUGUAAAAUUCCCCCCCCCCCCAAAAAAAAAAAAAAAAAAAAAAAAAAAAAUUGGUCAAUUAAGCCACAAAGGUAUUGGCUGUUUGUCAGAGCCAGUAACAUCACAGCUUAACAGACAGAUGAUCAACACAAGUGCAACUUAAAUGACCAAUCAGGUCAAUGUAGACCUAGAGUUUAGUACCAUCAAGUAAUGUGAUACAACUCACUUUGACUCUGAAGGUGACUUCCACUGUCAGCUGUUCUCAUAAUGUCUGUCACUGUCUUUAACAGUCCAAUUCAUGAAUACACUCACCCAGGUGAUCAUAUUCCACUUACUUACAACAUGACUCCUGGGUUCACACCUGUCGCUGUGUAAUAAGUAAACUGGAUACAAUCAUAUUGUCUUCAUUGUUCAUCCAUCAGGCACUUCUUUGCUCUGCCAACGAACCCAGGAGAGCAGUUCUUUACUUUUACAUCUCUAGCUGCAUGGCUGCUUACGUGUUGUGGAAGGAACUUUGAACAGCCACAAGAGGUGAAUUUUCUGUUUUUAAAACACAAUUUCAAGAUACGUGAUGAUUUUAUUGGCCUUGGCUCCCAUAGGUCUCUUGUAGCUUAGUGUUAGAGCAUCUGGACUGGUUACUAGAUGGUCAUAGGCUCAACUAUUAGGCCUGGUUCAGACACCAAACUUUUCAUGAGCUUAACCUAGUUUGAAUUAAGGCCGACUAAAAUUAUUUAGGCCACCUGAAUUGAUUCAGACGUCGAUCUUAAUUCCAGCCAAAUUAAAUUCAAAAGGAGAAAAAGGUCCAUUUCGGAGUCAAACUGCUUACAAAAUAGGUUAUAAUUUAAGCAUUAGGUUUGGUAAAUAAAAAGUCCGGCAUCUGAAUCAAAGCCAUUCCAAAGUCGAUCCAUAGUUGAAAUUCUCGACCAGGCUAAGCAGAAAGAACGGCUGAGUCAUUCCAAACCAUGUAUUUAAUUCAUUGUAUUAGGUUUGGCUCAUGAAAAGUUAGUGUGAGUACUUGGAUUUUUGCCUCCGAGCUGCCUGUAUCACUGACUGAAUAAACAGAUUAAUCAUUAAUUUUUGUUAUUAUGUCUAGGCAAGACAAUUCAAGUAACUAAUUCGAGGUCAUUUGGAGACAAGGGACUUCUUUGUUUUCCUUGAUGCUUUAUGCACAGUUUUACCUUUUAGGAUAACAAUAAUACUAUCAUAAUUUGUUAUUGUUUUUCAUUGUAAUUAUUGUUUAGCACUUUCAUCAAUACAGUGCAAAAACUCAUUAUUCAGACAAGCUGCAAUUUUCAUAUUGUCAAAUAUCGAAAAAAAUAGAUAGUGAAAGAACUGCUGCAGUAAUCGUCACACCAGGAUUGCCCACAGCUGAAACAAAACACAACGUGACUCCGGCCCAUAAUAUUUUUUAUUGACUCUGCCUGUCUGAGUCAAUGUCAAUCAUAAUGAUGCAAUCAUUUUUAACUGUACUUUAAAGGUUAUUCCUAACUGAACUGAAUUUUGUCUUUCAGUAUGAUGACCCAAAUGCUACUGUGUCAAAUAUUUUGGAUGAGUUAAAAAAAUUGGUGAGAUGACUUGAUUAUUUUUCCUUGAUGGUCUGACUUGUUGGUACAUUUUUAAUGUUGGGUUUGUUUUCUUUUAAAAUUUAGGGAGCCUCAGCUGAUUUUCCUCCAGCAAAACUGAAAACAGGCUCUGGAGAGCAGGUACAAACUGUUUUACUAUUCACUGUGUUCAAAUUCACAUUUAAAAUAAUUAUUGAUCUUAUCAUAAAGUAUUUAAUUCUUUCCUUUAACCAACAAAUUGAGGGAGGCAAUUUUGAGCUUAUGGUGCAUGUAUUAACCAUUUUCUUAAAAAUAAUCUCAAUAACCUCUCUCUAAAAUUUUUUUAGGUUUGUUAUGUUAUUGAUAAACUUGCUGAUGAAGCCCUAAAAGCCAAGAAAUUUGCUUGGCAAAAGUAAGUCUUGUUUUCAGUGAUAUGAAUAUAGUCAUUACUGUUAACUUUGAGUAAAUGUUGUCAGCUUUGUUGCACAGAAUUUUUGGUGGGAGUUUAAUUUUGUGGAUUGGUGACUUUUGUAUUUUAAGCGAUUGUGAAGGACUGCUUGAGUUUUGCUUGGGCUGGAUUUAUUUUUGUAAUUUCCAGGAAGUUGCCUUUAAUUAGCUUUGGAAUUAAAACACAUAUAGUUUUUUUUAAUGUUACCUAAGACCUUCAGCAACCACUGUUGAACCAGUCAGUUUAGAAGAAAAGUCUCCAUUUGUUUUGCCUGUUUGGUUCUUCAUGUUAUUUUGCUGUGUCAUGUUGUUUUACUCAGUUGNUUGGCAAAAGUAAGUCUUGUUUUCAGUGAUAUGAAUAUAGUCAUUACUGUUAACUUUGAGUAAAUGUUGUCAGCUUUGUUGCACAGAAUUUUUGGUGGGAGUUUAAUUUUGUGGAUUGGUGACUUUUGUAUUUUAAGCGAUUGUGAAGGACUGCUUGAGUUUUGCUUGGGCUGGAUUUAUUUUUGUAAUUUCCAGGAAGUUGCCUUUAAUUAGCUUUGGAAUUAAAACACAUAUAGUUUUUUUUAAUGUUACCUAAGACCUUCAGCAACCACUGUUGAACCAGUCAGUUUAGAAGAAAAGUCUCCAUUUGUUUUGCCUGUUUGGUUCUUCAUGUUAUUUUGCUGUGUCAUGUUGUUUUACUCAGUUGUAAUGAUAAAUUUAUACUUGUUCUCCUCUCAAGGCCUCAACAUGCUCAAGAAGACUUUGAAGAGGAAACCAUGGAGGACGAUGAGGCUGAACUAACAUUGAACAAAGUGGAAGAGGAGAUGAUGGUGAGAUUAGUUCUAACUGCUCAAAUUCCUCUUUGUUGUUUCUUGCCCCUGGGAACUUACUAUUGCAUUUGGACAACAAGGAUAUCUUAAAAAACGCAGCUGCUGAGCUGCCUUGGAUUUUUGUUGUAUUCAUUAAGAACUUUUGUGCUCCCUGUCAUACAGUUUUUCUCUAAUGUGUAUAAAAAGUAACUGUAUCAGUGUACUGGAAUAAGUCCGUGGGGGAUCCAGGGGAGAAUCCCCCCUUAUUUUUAGACCAAACUGAGGCCCAAAGGGCUGUAAAAAAAUUUUUUUCUAGACCACCCCCCCCUCCCCUUUAUCCCAGGGUCUGGAUGACCGCCUCCCCCCCCUCUCCCCCUCUCCCUUAUCUGGAGGUCUGAAUCCACCACUGCAAGUUUAAUACCAUAUUUUGUUUUUGAUUAGUUCUGUUGCAUUUUCCCUUCAAGGAUGAAGCAGAUGAAGAAAUUGAAGAAGAUGACAAUUAUCUUGAUCUCGCUGGAAUGAAACAGCAGUCUCAGAUGAAUGUAAAUAAUAUUUGAUAGUAAAUACAAAACUGAAGGAAAAUUAAGCUCUGUGUCAGCCAGCCUUUGUGAUUUGCUGGUCUUAUCUAUAUAUACAAGAUUUUUGAGUUAAUUUCUAAAACUUUAGACCACAGUACUGUAUGAAUAAUUUCCUUGCCAUACAGUUAGGCCUUAUUGACAAUAAACAUCACUAAAGAGGGACUGAAUAACGCGUCCUGAGGAAACAAGUGUCUAAAACAGUGAUUUUAAAUGUUUGUUUAGGAUAUUGCUGAUUCAUCAAAGCCUGAUUCUGUUAUGGAGUCAACUACAGAUGCUGCAGAAUGGAAACUUGAAGUGGAAAGAGUUUUACCACUAUUAAAAGUUCACAUAAGAACUGAUAACAAGGUAGGUAUUAUGGUAAAUAGGUUUUACACAUUUUGUCGGUGUAGUUCUGAUUAUGUGUAUAGUCUUUGGAGUUGACUGUUUGUUUAUGUAAACUUUCCUGACCUCCUGUGUAAUACUCGUCUACGUUGUUGUGUCACUUCCUUAGUUCAGUAGAGAUUGUCUUUGUUUCCAUGUACUCUCGACGUUUAGUGUCAAUUUUCAUAGGACAAUGUCUGCUUAAAAUAUGCUGAAUAUUGACUGGCUGAUUAUUACAUUUUACAUUUCAGGGACAUUUAGACAAGCUCCACCAUGAAAUAAGUAGAACUCUUGAAAAAAUAGGCAGUCGUGAAAAAUACAUCAAUAACCAGGUAACUGAAAGUAAUGUAUUUAAUGUAUUUAAUUCUUAUUUACAAUGUUAAUUUCUAUUAACUUACCAGUCACUGACUUACAGUGUGUACUUUGUAUACAGCAUAAAAUUAAAAAUCACAUGCAUCUGUGAUCUUAUAUACUCCAUAUCUGGUAUCCAUAAACAUGUAAAUUAUAAAUUUCUUCCUUGUUGCCUGAUAUUUUGAAUCAAGUUCAUAUUAAUAAUAAUAUUGCUACCAAAUAACAAAACACAGCAGAUUGAAAAAAAAUUAAACAAUGUCCAGACCUGAACACAAUACCCAAUAAAAAUAACCUCUAACAGCCUCUAACAUAAUAUGCACAUAACCUAUGUAAGCAUGGUACCUAUUAUUGCUCAGUAUUUUCCAAAAUAAAAUUUUGAGGUUUUCGUUGUGUAAUGGAGUCAAAGGUCGCAGUUUUGAACUUUUUUUCUAUUACAGCUUGAACACUUGCUGCAAGAAUUUCGAAGUUUACAAGAUACCCUAGCUGAGGUAGGGAAUAUUUCAUAAAUAAAGUUUUCUGCCAAGAAAUGUUUUCUUCAACUUCCCACACACAUACAAUACUGAUAUGACACUGCAUGUGUUGCGUGCCUCUUAAAUGAACUACUUUGUAAUUUUACUUCCUUCGAAUUCAAACUACUUUGAGGGUUUUACAUGUGAUCUUCUUUGCAGACAAAAGAGCGUUACAAACAAGGAUCUGGUGGAGUAACAGAACUAACAAAGACAUUGGCUCAGGUUUGUUGGUAUUACUUAGUCACCACCUCAAGUGACCUGCUUACAUACACUUUCUUGCUCUUGGCACUAGUUAAUCAUUCUGUGAAUUAUUUGACCAAGGGUGAGUUUGAGAUGGCUGGAUUUUGGCCACAUUGCAUUUUUGGACCAAGACAAAGUCAAGGUCAAUUAAAAUGCCAAAAAGAGGAAAGAACAAGAUCCAUUCCAUCUAUCUUAACUUAAAGAGCUUGGUCAUGGUCAAUAAAGGAUGUGUCGUUUUGUUAAGAAAACUUUUUUUUCUUCUUGUGGGACCAAAGCAGGCAGUCCUGCUCAAGAAGCCAAUCAGAAUACAGGAUUUUCUUUAUCUUACCCACUCACAGAUUCAACCAUGUGGUAAAUUUGCUGUCAAGCUCUGAUUGUUUAGAACUAUUGAUUGCCUUUGAGUCUUGUGAUUGGCCAGAGAAAUUUCUUUAUCUUUUCUUGUUUUGUGGCACUAACAAAAACACUCACAUAAAGUGUGGUCGAAUUUGUAGAUCACUGAAGAACUUGAAACUGUAAAAGCUCAGAUGGAUGAAAGAGGAACAAACAUGACAGAUGCAGGUAGGUGUAUGAUAAAUCAGUGGUUAAGAUGUACAAGUAGAAUACCACACAACCAUGAAAAAAGAUCUUUAAAUCACACAUCUACAGGUUCCACUUUGAUCAUAUGGGAAGAGCUACAUGUAAAGUUUGAAAAAUCUCUCUUUGUUUGUCUUUUGACAGGUCCUUUGGUAAGAAUAAAACAAGCUUUAACAAGACUUAAACAAGAGGUUACUCAGAUGGAUGUUCGGAUUGGAGUGGUAUGUGUAGUAUUCUUAAACAUUUAAUCAACACCUAAUUUUAAAUACAUUAGAGUGUCGUGCAAGUUCUAAGUCAAGAUGUUACCACACUAAAGAUUUGGCUUUUGCAAUAAUGUUUGCUAAUAUCAAGUACUGGUAACAGCUCUCAGCUCAUUUAAAUGUAAUUUUUGGAAUAAUGAGUUCCAAAGUAUUCAAAAGAUAUCCAAGGGUUUUCAGAGGUAACACAACCCGGAGAUUUCUCAAGUUCAUGAUUAGACUACUAGAUAAAUACCGGUAUAACACAGUGGUAUGGAAUUAUUUCCUAUCCAGCUGCCUUGCCUAUUUGUAAAACUAUUUUACCUGCACCUUACAGUUGACUCUAUUUUCAUCUUGGUUUUCAGGUGGAGCAUUCUCUGUUACUGGCCAGAAUCCGUGACCGCAGUGCCAUCAGAGAAGACAUGCACGCUCCUGUUACAGAUGCAACAUUUGGUGAUUUUAAAGCAUUUUAA